ACCGCGCUGUCGGACAAUGACCGUAAAGUUUUUGUACCUCUAAUACUACUGCUAUAUAUAGAUUAAAAAAACAUAUCAUUGAUUUCGAACCUUCUCUAAUUAAUUACUGAUACAUUCUUCUAUUUCUCUAAGCCUAUUUCCUGAUCGAUCGAGCUACACUAACACUACAAUGUCUUUCUCCAUUGUUGAAAAAACACUUUACCUCGUUCAUUCGGAAGAUCCAAUUUUGAAAGUAGAGGGUGCUCGGGUUAUUCGCCGACUAACAAAGAGUUCCCUACGUUACCGGCGUCAUUUCUCUGACGCCGUCAAACCCCUUGUUGACAUGCUUCGUUCUACUUCCUUUGAAUUCAUUGAAGCUGCUCUUCUUGCCCUCCUCAAUCUCUCCGUUAAAGAUGAAGGAAACAAGAAAAGUAUCAUAGAAGCUGGCGCCUUGGAACCAAUUAUUGGCUUUCUUCAAUCAGAAAAUGCAAGUCUACAGGAUUAUGCAACUGCUUCAUUGCUUACAUUAUCAGCAUCUUCUGUAACGAAGCCGAUCCUUAGUUCUUUCGGUGUCAUCCCUCUACUUGUGGAUAUUCUAAGACGCGGUAGCUCACACGCCAAGGUUGAUUCUAUAUUGACUCUUUACAAUCUUUCAACUUAUCAAGGAAAUUUAACAUUGAUUCUUGAAACAGAGCCAAUUCCUUCCAUAAUUUCUCUGCUCAAAUCGUGUAAAAAGUCAUCAAAAACUGCUGAAAAAUGUACUGCUCUUAUAGAAUCACUAAUGUGCUACGAGGAAGGUAGGAACGCGUUGACGUCUGAAGAAGGAGGGAUUUUUGCAAUAGUAGAAGUGCUUGAAAUUGGAUCUUUGCAAAGUAGAGAACAUGCUGUAGGAGCUCUGCUGACGAUGUGUCAAAUUGAUCGGUGUAAAUACCGGGAAUUAAUUCUUAGAGAAGGUGUAAUGCCUGGACUUCUUGAGCUGACUGUUAAAGGGACAACUAUAUCUCAAGAAAAAUCACAAAUACUUUUAAGGUUGCUUAGAGACACUCCUUAUAAGAGGUCUGAGCUUAAACCUGACACACUGGAGAACAUUGUUUCAAAUCUUAUAUCUCAAUUAGAUGGAAAUGAGCAAACUGGAAAAGCGCGAGGUUUGCUUGCUGAAGUGAUACAAGUUAGUAUGGAUCAAAGUUUGAGACAUUUACACCUAAGGGAAAUGGUUUUUACUCCAGUUGAUUUGUCUGUUUCUAGUGGCGCUUCAGAGAUCUCUUCAACGUGAUACAUUUUGGUAUAUUAGAGUGAUCUCUUUGUUUUUCUCUUCCGAGGUCCUCUAUUUUUCCUCCUGCAACCAUGUUAUUGCGUUGAGAUUAAAUUUUUGUGGUCGAAAAAUUUGAUAUUCUAGACAUGCACAGUGAGAAUUCAUAUAGUCGACCACAACCUGUUUGAAACUGAGGUGUAAUUAUUACUGUUAGUUUGGAUAAGGCCAGUCGCAGCCAUUCUUGGCCCUGUGAUUGGCUAAUGUCAACAAUUUGGGAGAAUUAUAAGCUCUUAGAAUUUUUGUUUUUGAAGUUAGUCUUGGUAUAUUUGUACACAAACUCUGAAGGUUAUACAAACAAUUAAUGAAGGCUCCAAUUUUCCUGGUUCCA